GGCAACCCCAGUAGCCUGUCCCCUGAGCUGCCACCAGCAUGGAUGACAUCUACAAAGCAGCGGUAGAGCAGUUGACAGAAGAACAGAAGAAUGAGUUCAAGGCUGCCUUCGAUAUCUUUGUCCUGGGCGCGGAGGAUGGCUGCAUCAGCACCAAGGAGCUGGGCAAGGUGAUGAGGAUGCUGGGACAGAACCCCACACCUGAGGAGCUGCAGGAGAUGAUCGACGAGGUAGACGAGGAUGGCAGUGGCACAGUGGACUUCGACGAGUUCCUUGUCAUGAUGGUUCGGUGCAUGAAGGAUGACAGCAAAGGGAAGUCUGAGGAGGAGCUGUCGGAUCUCUUCCGCAUGUUUGACAAAAACGCUGAUGGCUACAUUGACUUGGAUGAACUGAAGAUGAUGCUGCAGGCCACAGGUGAGACCAUCACGGAAGAUGACAUCGAAGAGCUCAUGAAGGACGGUGACAAGAACAACGAUGGCCGAAUCGACUAUGACGAGUUCCUGGAGUUCAUGAAGGGCGUGGAGUAGACACUGGCUUUGCACAGAGUUGCCCAUGCCUGUUCUCCUAAUCCAGCCGGACCCCGUGAUAGGAGUGCACCCGGGUUCUCUAGACUCUCUGAACCUGGUUGUGUCCUUGAAGCUUUGGCUCUUCUGGACUCUCCCUGUUCCCGUCCCAGGGGACACAAAUAAAUCCUCUCUCCUUGGAGGCCUGGUAUCUUGCUCUGAUUUUCCUGGGGUCACAGUCUUUUCUCAGGGUUCCCUCCUGCUUGAUGACACCAUCCCUGUAUUCUGACUGUUCAGCUUACCUUCUGCCAGAGGACUUUGGUUAGGUCAGAGAAAUCUUGCUUUGCACCCCAUCGAUGACUAGGCCCUGCUGUAGCCCCAGAGCCUGCAUUUUAACAAGCUCCUGGAGUCCUCGAAA